UUGAGUACGAAAAGAGAAAAAAACAUGGACGUGAAAGACGAAAAAGAGAAGAAACGAAAAAGAACAAUAAAACUCGAUGGAAGUGCUGCAUCUGCGUCCGGUGAUGGAAAAAUGGAGACAAAAAGAAUAAAAUCUGAGCCUGUAAAGAUAAAGCAUGAAGCACCAAGUGUGAACAUCGGUCGUAAAUUGUUCUAUGCUGAGGAAGAGGAGGUUGAGCAACGUGAUGUUAACAAAGAUGUGGAGCUGUUCCAGAGUGCAUGUGGAGACAUUCAGAGAACAAUUGCAGAAAUAAAGACUUUGAAAGAAACUAAAGGCAAAAAUGCUACAGAGGAGAUAGAGAGUAAACGGAUGGAGGGAAUGUUACAAAUUGUCAUGCUGAAGAAACUCAACAGAUUAGCACAUAUCCGAUGUAAAAAGGUCAGAGAUGGCACUAAUGAGGCAAAGAUGAGGAUAGAUCGUUGUCAUCUACAGGUGCAGAAUCUACUCUAUGAAAUCAUGCAUCUUGAAAAAGAAAUAGUCAAAUGUUUGGGCUUCAAGUCAAAAGAUGAAGAGAUUGACCUAGUGCCAGUUGAACAGUUCUAUGAAGAAGCUCCCGAGGAGAUAUCUAAGCCUGAGAAGACUAAGGAUGACAAUCAUCAACUGACCUUGUCCAGGCUGGACUGGGAGCUAGAGCAGAGAAAACAAUUAGCAGAAAAAUUGAAGGAAGCUGUAAAAACUAAAGAUGACAUAGAGACUGAAAUAAAAACAAAACAAGAACAUCUAGAAAAUCUACAUCCAAAACUCAACACUAUAUUACAGUCAACCAAGCCAGUACAAGAGUACCUUGAUAUGCCAUUUGAUACAGUAAGAGAGGAGCACAUGACGGCCCAGUUCUUACCCCACCCACUGUUUGUACUGUACAUGCAGAGCAGUGCGUACAAAGAUGCCUGCGACAACAAAAUGAAAGUAACCCUGGAUGGAAAUCUUGAUGCUGCAAAGUCGCUGGAUAUGUCAGCACCAUCUAUACUUGAUGAAGAGAGCGAGAGUGAUCAGGAGGAACAAGAGGAACAGGACAAGAAAAACAGUAAACGGCGUAGGAAAACGGUAGAAGUGAAGAAGUCAGAGAGCAAGUCUAAAGUUCUCACCAAACACCCACUCUCAGUCGUCAUACAGAUCGUCUGCAAUGAUGGCAGCGAGUUACAUCUAACAUUCUACUAUCUAACAUAUUUGAAGAUUAUCACAGUAGCAGUCCAGGUCACAACAAGCUCAGAUGUCAGCUCAACAUGUGUGUCAGGAAGUGACAUCCUGUCUCCAGAUUUGAUUCUGGAUGACCUGUAUCCGAAUGACCAUGGUACUGCCUCACCGAACAAUAGUAAUCAGUAUGAACUAUCAAGGUUUGGGCUCAAGGAUCUCAGCAACUAUGUGUCCCAGGUUGGGAGGCCUUAUCUAUGGGCUCAGAGAAUGGGGGGUCUGCAGUUUCUCAAUGGUGAGCCUCCACAGGCGCCCAAGAGUUCCGUUAGUUCCCAAACAAUGCAGGGUACUAUCAGAAAGUUAAGGAAGAGAAUACAGUCCAGGCUGGCCCUCCUGAAACAGCUGAAUGCACUUGAACGCAACAGUAUUCCUGUAUCCAGUGAAUGUAUGGGCAUGUUUCCUGUUAAACUUUCUGGCCAUCUAAAAUCCUGGCAGAGAUCAACGUAUGAAGAAUUCAUUGAGACUCCUUACACGCAGACUGUAGUAAGCCAGGGUCUAGCUAGAGAAUUAGAUCUGUACUUCACAGCAGUCAUAGAAAGAGGAACAGCAAAGCUGACUGCAAGUAUAGUUGUAGCACCAGACUACCCUACUGUAGCUCCUCUGUUCUGUAUUAAUAUCUUAUGGGGAAGUAACAGGAACUCACAGAAUGACAGUCAUAUACAGGAGUUGGAAGAAGAAGUAAAUAUUCAUUAUGAAGAAUUGAUGAGUAAGAAGUCACAUGACCAACUAUUAACCAAUCAGCUUCAGCGACUGGUCAUGUGUUUUGAUGUUUACUUGGAGACUGAAGCACAGAACUCAAGCAAUGAGGGACCACUUGAAAUUGCUAAAGAAAAAGUUUUCACCAGAGUAUCUAGAGGACGUCAGAGAUCAAAGCCUUACAAGUUUAAUCCAGACACUGGAAUAUUUUCUCAUAGAUGAGAAACCUCUAGGAUAGACUUUAUAUUGAACUGAUACAUAGAUGUCAUGUACUUUCAGUAAUACGUGGCAAAACAUCAUAGCCUAAACACAUCAGUAAACUUUUUAAGUUACCAUAUUUUCAUAUGUGAAGUAUAGUAAUUUAUUGUUUAUAAUUUUACAAGAACGGGGAAAUAAUAAAUGUGAGGAACAACACGUCAAACACUGAGUCAAGUUUAACUAAAUUUAAUCUACCGGGUUCAGUUAUUUACCAUAAC